AUGCGUGCACAUUACCUAUCUGAGGAGAAUUCCCCGACAAGUAGCUACACUGGGUCCCCUUCGUCAACCUCUCCGCUCCCUAGGUUUGCUGUACCAUCAUCAUCAGUUUCGGCAUCAAACUUUGGAUCAACUGACUCGUCUCCGCCUAUGUCAUUUGGACAGCAACUUCCAUCAUCUCCAACAAAGGGAUUACCGCAGGCACAAUCACCGUUGAGUCCAAAUUCGUAUUUGAGCGAAGACCGUGAUGAACACGAAAUGAUGGAUACUAGUGAUGACCGUAAUCAUACAUUCACCUCCAAUUUCCCACGUCAUUCUGGAGCCGAUUUGGUACAAGAGCUCGUUGAAUAUUGCGAGCCAGAGUGUUGGAUGUCAAUAACGUAUUACGAAGAAGGCAAGCGAGUUGGAGAUCCCUUCAAUGUGCGGUCUCAUUACCUACUUGUGGAUGGUUAUCCCUCGCCAAGUUCUGAAGAGAGAUUUUGCCUUGGUUACUUUGAUGUCGAGAAUCGUCCUGUACCCGUAAUAGAUGCACGUCGACAAGUUGGCCGAGGAGCGAGGUUCUAUUAUAUCGGUGGAGAGGUAUACUGCGAGUGUCUCUCUGACGCGGCUGUUUUUGUCCAAUCUCCUAACUGCAAUCAACGCCACGGCUGGCAUCCAACAACUGUUUGUAAGGUGUGUUUAGAAGGCAUAUGA